AUGUCAGAACAGUACAGAUAUCCCCCAAAUGUCAGAACAGUACAGAUAUCCCCCAAAUGUCAGAACAGUACAGAUAUCCCCCAAAUGUCAGGACAGUACAGAUAUCCCCCAAAUGUCAGAACAAUACAGAUAUCCCCCAAAUGUCAGAACAGUACAGAUAUCCCCCAAAUGUCAGGAACAGGACAGAUAUCCCCCAAAUGUCAGAACAGUACAGAUAUCCUCCAAAUGUCGAGAGAUCAGGAAGACCUUCAAUGAGCUCAUCCUCAGAAAAUGCCCUCUUCCUGAAGAUGCUGAUCCAGCUCAAAGGUCACCAUUUUCACACAGA